AUGCUUCAGUCAGCAGUCAAGCGGGCCGGCCGGCCGUUGGCAGUCGCUGCCUCCCAGAGGCGUGGCGUCCAAAUGGCAGCCGUGGCGACUGCGAGUCAGGAUAAGCGAGAGGGCGACAUAUCAGACUCAUUUGCUUCCUUGGCCGGCAUCAAGGACGAACCGCUGCCAGAUCAGUUCCGCCAGCUCAAGCUGUCAUUGGUCGAGGGGCGGGAAGACAAGAUCAAGGCCAGUUGGCACAGACUGCUCCAGAGACUGGAGAUCGAGAACGAUGUAAUUGCCGGGUUGGGCUCAAGAGUGAUCCCAGAGGUCCGCUUUGACAAUCUUGAAGAGGACCUCGCCGGAAACAGGGAUGCGAUCAAGAAGCGCGGUGCCGCGGUCGUCAGGGGGGUCAUACCGGAAGAUGAAGCACGCCAGUACAAAUUCGACCUUGAAGAGUAUAUCCGCAAGAACCCACAGACAAAAGGCUUCCCACGAAACGACCCACAAGUCUGGGAGCUGUACUGGUCAGCACCACAGCUGCACGCCCGCACAAACCCCAACUUCAUGAAGGUGCAAAAGGCCCUGAUGCAGUCGACAUGGUCCCUCUCCGACCCAAACUCGCUCAUCUCCAUCUCCCAGCCCUUAUCCUACGCCGACCGCCUCCGCAUCCGCCAGCCCGGCGACGCGGCCUUCGCCCUGGGCCCGCACAUGGACGGCGGCAGCGUGGAGCGGUGGAUGGGCGAGGGCUACGGGAGGGGCGGGGUCUACGACGCCGUGUUCGAGGGCGACUGGGACACGCGGUACGACCCCUGGGACGGCAGCACGCGCGUCAAGGCGGCCAGCGACCUGUACAACGGCCUUGGCGCGUGCAGCGUGUUCCGGAUGUACCAGGGGUGGCUGAGCAUGAGCAGCGUCGGCGCCAGGGAGGGCGCGGUGCUGUUCAACCCACUGCUGAGGCUCGCGACGGCCUACACGCUGCUCAGGCCCUUCUUCAGGCCGCGGAGGACGGUCGACCUCGAGGUCGCGAGGGGGGGAAGCGCCGAGAGGCUGGCGUUCCUGGCGCCUGAGAACUGGGAGUUCACGGCGGGCGACCAGAUGACGAGCGAGAUACCUGGUGCCACCCCGGGGUAUGGAAUGGAGUUUCCCAAGUUGGCUAUGCACCCGCAUCUGGAGCUGGACCGCACGAUGGUGCAUGCUCCGCCGGUGAACCCUGGUGACUUUGUUGUUUGGCAUUGCGAUACCAUCCACGCCGUGGACUUUGAGCACAAGGGCAAGGGCGACUCCAGCGUUCUGUAUAUCCCCGUCUGCCCAAUCACCGAGACCAACGCCAAGUACGUCAGCAAAGCGCGAGACGCCUGGCGUCGUGGAACUCCUGGGCCUGAUUUCCCUGGCGGCAAAGGCGAGUCAGAACACGUCGACAGACCAACCGAGGACUUCUUGAGGUCAAUUGCCAACACCGAUGGUCUGGCGUCGGUGGGACUUGAGCCUCUCCCAGAACCUGUUGAUGGCAGCAAAGGAGAAAAGGAGGUUGUACGCAGGGCAAAUCGCACGCUGGGGUUCCAAUGA